AGACAGUUUUGACCGAACUUCCUGAAAACGAAAGAUUAACAGAUACCAAUAUGUGAUCCCUAACCUGUAGCCAAAUAGUAGACCAAGAUGCCAUCAUAUUCUUCAAAGAAGCCUCUUUAUGUGGCUAAGAAUAUGGCUGAGUUAAACAAGCUGGCAGAGGUUAAACAAAAAUUUACCAGUGCGAGGAUAGCUGUGAAGUCAGCUGAGAAGAUCUUCAAUCAUGCAGAGCAAGCUAAGCUGGAUGGAGAUGAGGAGAGAGGAUAUGUAAUGUAUAUGAGAUACUUCAACAUCAUAACCAUUGCGAAAAAGUUGCCAGACUAUAAAAAGAAUGAGGAAUUUUUCAGUAAGAUGAUCGGAGGAAAAAAUCAGCUGAAGGCAAUUGAAGAAGCUGAAGCCCUGUCAUCUAGUCUCAAAGACAGAUAUGAACUCCUUGAGGCUGAACAUGUCAAAGCAAGGUUAGAUGAAAGGGAUAAGAAAAAAGAACAAGAACUUGAAAGGAAACAGAAAGAGGAAAAAGAAAUGGUCAAACAGUUAGAAGAACAGGAAAUGGCCAAGGAAAAGAUUAAUGAAAAUAAUGAAGCCCCUGAAAAAGAGAAUCAGUUUGCUUCUGGUGCUGUGAGCUGUAGGAAGCUGUAUGAGAUGCUGCAGACUCCAGAUUGCUCAGUUCUCAUACUAGAUAUCAGAGCUGCUGCAGACUAUGAAAACUCCCACAUUAGAGACCCUUCAUGUAUUAAUGUACCAGCUCAUAUCUUACCAGGGGGUUGCACUGUGGCUAUGAUAGAGAAGAAUCUCCCAACAGAGGCACUGCCCAUGUGGAAAAAGAGGGGACAUGUGGGGUACAUUGUCCUGCUGGACUGGCAGAGUUCUUUGGCUGAUCUUGUCACCAACAGUCCCCUGAAUAAUCUCAAAGAUGCCAUUUAUAAGUGGGAUCAGUUGGUGAUAGUCCAGCAUGAACCUCUAGUACUAGAUGGUGGCUAUGAAGACUGGUUGUUGUAUUACCCAACUCUCACCACUAACUCAAAUGUGUCAGCACCACAGUCUGAUACUAAGAAAGAUCAGUCAACUCUUCCUUCAUUGGACUUUGACUAUCCAGAUUUAGAUGAAGAGCCCCCAGAGCCACAAAAGUCAGAUGUACAGAAUGGACCAAGUCUACAGCAGAUUAACACUGAUGGUACUGUAACAACAUCUACAGGACAGAAUAGGCCUGUGGUGGAUAGAUCAAUGAAACCAAAACCCCCUGUAUCUGCUGUUGCAGGAAGUGACAGUAACAAGUCCUUUCAGCCACCCUUUACUAAACCAGCCACUGACAGCAUAUAUCAGGAGUUAAAGAAACAGUUAACAGAGAAAAGCUCUAGCAGCAGUAUAACUAACUUUGUUCCCCAGAACAGCAGAGCAGCUGAAAAUGACCUAAUAAAAACUGAUGAAACAAAGGUACAGCCUCAGUCACGUCCACAGAUACCACAAGUCAACCGUUCAUUGAAACCCAAACCCAGACCAAUCCAGGAAUAUAGUGCAUCCUCUGACAGCUCUACAUUAGCCACUGCGCAGAGUGAUAUCACAGCCAGGCUGGAUGAAUUAAGAGUGGAAACAGAGGAGAAGGAGAGAGAGAUGUUGGAGUAUAAAAAGGAGAGGGAAAAGUUGGUUGCGGAACACAAAGCCAGACUAGCACGAUUGAAGGAUGAAGAGGAUAGAAUAGAGAGACUACAGGCCAUGAGGGAAAAGGAAGAAAAAGAGGUUGCAGAGCUUCUAAGAAAAAAGAAAAUGAUUGAGAGGCAAAUCAAGACGGAAGAAGAAAAGCAAGAGGAGGAACAGCAGAGAAUUAAAGAAGAAGAAAAAAGAAAGGAAGAAGAUCUUCAUCAAAUCAAGCAAGAAGAAAAAGAAAAGUUGAAGAUGCAACAGGAGGUGGAAAGAUUGAGACAAGAGAGGAAGAAAAAGGAAAUGGAAGAUAAGAGAAGAGAGCAAGAGAUACAGGAGCACAAAGAGAACAUGAAAGCAGAGCAAGAUAAGCUCAACAGAGAGAGGGCUGAUAAAGCAGCUAGAGAGGAACAAGAAAGACGGGACAAGGAGGCAGCACUGAAAUUACAGGAACAGAAAGAGGCUGAGGAUGCCAGAAGGUUAGCAGAUGAACAAAGAAAAACAGCUGCACAAGAGAGUGCAAGAAAAGCAAUGGAAGAAAAAGCAAGGUUAGAGGCAGAGGAAAAGUCCAGGAACAAGGCAGAAGAGAAAUAUAAAUAUGACGCUGAAGAAAAGGCAAAGCUGGAAGCAAGUGAGAAAAUUAGAAGGGAAACAGAGGAGAGAGAGAGAGUCGAAAAUGCAGCAGAGGAAAAAGUCAGAAAAGAUGCUGAAGAGAAGGCCAGAGCAGACCAGGCUAAAAGAGCCACCCCCCAGGACACUUCUCUGCCAAGGGGUUGGGAGACUAAAGUGGAUGUGAGGACUGGAAGGACAUUCUAUAUUGACCACAACACAGGGACAACCCAUUGGUCCUUUCAAACACAACCACAGGUUUCACCAUCUGCCAGUGGAAGGUACUUCAUGCAGCUACAAGAUGAACCCUCCAAACCAAAGACAAACCUGAAAAGGACAAACUCCUCUCCAAACUUGACAAAACUUGGAGAUGAUGAUGACUUUAAGGGAACUAAACUAUUUCCAUCUAUAGACCGCACAACUAAGCCAGCUGCUAGGUUCAGUACCCCGCAGUUACGAGAUGAGAAUGUGAAGCCAGUGUUGACUGAGAUCACUGCAGCUAGAUUGAGAGGGUUCCAGCCUGUAUAUGGCAGUGUGGGCAGAGGUUUGACUGGACUACGUAAUCUUGGAAACACUUGUUACAUGAACUCAACAAUCCAGUGUCUAAGCAAUACACCGCUGCUUGCCAAGUACUUCUUAGAUUCUAUCUACAGGAACCACAUUAACAGAGGUUUUGUGUUGACACCAUGUCUUUGUUCUACCCAGGAUUGUCUGAGGCUAUAUCAGAAGGAGGAGAAGAUCCAGUGGAAGUGUUCUCAGUGUAAGAAGGACAGAGAUGCAGUCAAGAAGCUUGACUUGUGGAAGCUGCCCCAUCUUCUCAUCAUACAUUUUAACAGAUUCCAUUUUGGAUAUAGAGGCCAGAAACUGACCAUCUAUGUGGACUUCCCUCUCACUGCACUGGACAUGAAUAACCAUAUAUCUGGACCCAAGGGACGGCCAGAGUAUAAUCUGUAUGCAGUAUCGAAUCACUAUGGUGGAACUUUAGAAUCUGGACAUUACACUGCAUUUUGUAAGAAUGCUUUAAAUCAGAGGUGGUACAAAUUUGAUGAUGAUGACGUCUAUGAGAUAUCAAAGUCAAAUGUUAAGAGUUCAGCUGCAUAUUUCCUGUUCUAUACUUCAAAGGAGAUGAAAUCUGUACUCUAAGAACACCCACAAACUAUUGUACUUGUACUCUGUUAGCAAGGAUGGAGCCUUCACUGAUUUGAGAGAUAUUCAACUGGUGAAAGAUAAAUGUGAAUCAUUAUGUCUAUUUUUUUCAUCACUGUUGGAUGUGGAAAAACUAGAAGCACACAUAAAAAUCUUCAGUACGUUGUCUGUAUAUAUGAAAAUGGCACAAUGAAUAUUACCUUUUUUCUGUAUAUUUGCCAAUUUUACUCUCAAUUUUUUUUAUUAUGACGUUUGUUACAUAGUAAAGAGUACAUUGAAUAAAAGAAAAACAUCAGUAUAAAAAUUGUCAUACAGUAAAUAGAGUAUAUUUGAACGGCAAGUUGUUUGCUACAUUAUCUGUACAUGGACAAGGAUUUAUCUUAUGAUAAACAAAUCUAGAAUAGCUAAAUUAUUAUGUGAGAGGAAAGCUGUAAAGAGGGGUGAAAUAGUGGUUGGUUAUGGUGCAAUGUAAGUCUUUGCUGAAUUAUGGAGAGAAACAGAACAGACAUUAUAUGUAGUGCUGGUUUCUGCUGUCUUGUUACUUCACAAUCUACCACUAUAUCUAUAAAAUGUGAUGUUAAGGUUUAAUGGAGUUAUUAUUAUUAUUAUUAUUAUUAUUAUUAUUAUUAUUAUUAUUAUUAUUAUUAUAAGUACUAGAUUUAUGUCAUUGUUUAAUUGGUGUUAAUAAUGAAAGGUAACUGUGCAUUUCUCAUUUCACAGUAUAUGGUCAUUAUGGAGACUGUAUAGCAGACAACUAUAUCAUAUUUUUUAUUCAUGACUUCUGAGAUUUUUAAAUUAUGUUGUCAUCACUUAUUAUUGUCACUGGUGAUUAUGUAAAAUUAUCCUCUUCUGAUCUGAAUUUUACAGAUAAGAAAUAAAAAAAUUUAAAAUGCCUCUU